AUGAUAUACGCUAGUGGUGCCGAGAGUGCAUGCACUACUGUAAGAAAUAUUCUUGGAAGAUCAAUUACUGUUCGCCAAUUCCAAUUGUCAUCUUCGUUGCUAUAUAAUGAGGGAAAUGUUGCAAAGGCAUGGGUUGACAAAUUGACUGUAGAAACUCUACCAACUAGAUAUUUUUCAAUUAGAUACGAUCGAGCAAGUGGUCCUGGUGGACAAAAUGUUAAUAAAGUGAAUACCAAAUGUACUUUAACAUUACCAAACUUCUCGAAAUGUUCUUUAUUUCCGUUGGAAGUUAGAAAACAGCUGAUAGAUAAACGGAUAAGGAUUUAUUCAGAAACAAAUGAUGCACUUGUAUUGCAAAGUGAUGAAACAAGAUCAAGAGAUCAGAAUAGACUGUUAUGCUUCAAAAAAUUGAUAUCUUUCAUUAGAGAGACAUGCUACUUUCCAAAUGAUCCAACCAUUGAAGAUGUUAAGAAAUGGGACGAUAUAAGAAAGAAAUCGAAGGAACUACGUUUAAAAAAGAAGAAACUCAAUAGUGAGAAGAAAAGAACUAGAAAAGAACUAUAUUGA